AUGCCUGGCAGCGGCUGCUCGCUUCCCCCUCCGUCUCCCCCACCGACCCUCCACCGCCGACCUUUACGCCGAACUCGGGCGCGCGGCGAGCCUCGCGGCCUCGCCCUCCGCGUGGGGCCCCACCCCUUCCCGGGUCCGGCCCACGGUCGGGCGGCAGGCGAGGGUAGGUGCGUUUCCUGCCAGGGUGGCCGCCGCCUCUUCCCUCCAGUUCCCGGGUCUCGCCGUGCGGCGCGGGGCGGCGGGCGGCCGAGCAGACCGGGGCGCGGGGCUCCGACACCCACGCGCACGCCCCGGGGAGCGACCCCGCGACGCGCUCGCUGCGAGAGGGGGAGGCGGGCGGUGGGGUGGGUGGGCGCGCCAGCCCCUGGCCCUCGCGCACGCUCCCCUCCUUCCCGGCCUCGCCGCCACCUCGCUCCCAGGUCGGAGAACCGCCCUCCUCGGCUCCGGCGCGGCGGGGAGCGGGCAGGGGAGGGGGGCCGGCGCCUGGCCCGCCGGCGGGGACGGCGGAUUCACUUACACCUGACGUUGUCUCCGCCGGGCAGUGCGUCCUGCAAAGCCCGGCCAUCCGUGAAUGGGAAGAUGGAGAUGGAUGUUGAGGGAGUUUCUCCGCGCUCGGAGCCCAUCCCCCGCUCCCAGGGGGCUGGCGGAGCCUGCCCGGCGCCACCACCGCCGCCCCAGCCCCAACCCCGGCCCCGGCCCCGGCCCCAGCACCAGCCGCAGCCGCCGCCGCCGCAGCAGCUGGCUCAGGAUGACCCGCCCGGCGAGAGUGCGGGCGCUGAGGACAGCGACGAUCCCGAGGCGCGACCCCACAGCGAGAAGGGGGAGAGCAAGAGAUCCUCGGCCAGCAAGUCCUCAGGUGCCGCUUCCUAUAGCAGAUGGUCCAGUUCACAGCCACAUCAGUCUAGCUCCACAGUGAGAGCCUGUCAAACUAGUAAGUCUCGAGUGACCAUGAGCCCUGGCUUCAGCUCCCAGUGGAACAGCAGCCAACCAGCCUGGAAUACAUACUCCUUCCCAAGGGCCAGCUUGCACUACCAGUCCCACACCAGCUACACCUACUGUACUGGACACCCUGCUCCCUCAUGA